CCGACCACCCACCCGCGCGGCCGCGCCUUUCCCCUUCCGCUUCCGCCUCCGCCUCCGCACGCGCCAGAAUCCAGAUCCCACCAGACCCCGACCCGACCCCAUGGCCUUCUCGCGCCUCCUCCCCUCCCGCGGCCGCCUCCUCUCCGCCCUCCUCCACAACCCGGGCCCCAUCCCCAUCCCUACCCCGAGCGGCGCCGCCGCCGCCGGCACCCCCGCCUCGACCCCGCUCGCCCCCUUCCUGCGCUCCUUCGCCUCCGCCACGCGGCGGGCGGGGCCCUCCUCCCGCCCCCGCGCCGUGGACAUCGGGGCGCGCGCGCGGCAGCUCCAGACCCGCCGCCUCUGGUCCUACGGGCUCGCCUUCGCCUGCGCGGGUGGGUUCGUGGUGGCCGUGCUCGCCACGUUCCAGGACCAGCUCGUCUUCUACGUCACGCCCACCGACGCGCUCGCCAAGUUCGCCGCCGACCCCUCCAAGUCCCGCGUCCGCCUCGGCGGGCUCGUGCUCGAGGGCUCCGUCGCGCACCCCUCGCCGUCCUCCCCCGAGAUCGAGUUCGUCGUCACGGACCUCAUCACCGACGUGCUCGUCCGGUACGACGGCGCCCUGCCGGACCUCUUCCGCGAGGGCCACUCCGUCGUCGUCGAGGGGUUCCUCAAGCCCUUCACCGACGACCUCCGCCGCGACGACGGGAGGAAGGUGGCCGAGAAGGCGCGGGAGUGCGCGUGCUUCUUGCGAGGCACCGAGGUGCUCGCCAAGCACGACGAGAAGUACAUGCCCAAGGAGGUCGGCGAGGCGCUCGAGCGAAACAAGAAGCAGCUCGAGGCCGAUGCGGAGGCUGCGGCCGCCGCUCAGGGGACGAUUGUAGCAGCUGCGGCGGAGGGAGCAAAGGCAAGCUCGUAAGAUUUUGUCUGCCUUCCGGUUUGAGAUUUACUGGAUCUUGAGUUGAAUUUUGUCUGCGGCAUCAGGCAUAGGUACAUUUGAAUUUGAUUUCACACUGGAGCUGGAGGAUAUCUGCAGCGUGAUUCAAUUUGAUUCUAAGCUGAUGUGAUUGUAGUAUUGUGAGCCGGGGAUCAGGCAAUUUUUGUUAGGGGAAUAAUGACAAAGGAUGAUUGAACAAAGAGUCAAAGAUAUACGCAUUCUUUUUGAAGUAAUGCUUACUCCUUCCACUGAGCAAUACUAUUGAUUUACUAGAUCGUAUGUGUGAGGAAUAAGUAGAUCUGGAUUCAAUUUCCCUUUGGAGCUGGGAGAUAUCUGCAGCGCAAUUCAAUUGAAGCUAUUGUAUACACAUUCUUUUUGAAGUAAUGCUUACUCCUUCCACUGAGCAAUACUAUUGAUUUACUAGAUCUUAUGUGUGAGGAAUAAGUAGAUUUGGAUUCAAUUUCCCUUUGGAGCUGGGAGAUAUCUGCAGCGCAAUUCAAUUGAAGCUAUUGUAAUUGUAAUGUUUUUGGCCUGGGGAUAAGGCAGUUUUUGUUAUGGAAAGAAUGAACUGAUGAUUGAACA